AUGCCCGACACUGUCGAUCUCUUCAUCACGACCAACGUCAACCAGCAUCCCCUGGAGAAGAAGUAUCCAUUACUUCUGACUACCGGCGAGCUGAAGCACAAACUCGAACUAGUGGUUGGCGCCGCCGCCGCGGACAUUCAGCUGGAGCUUUUCGAUGCCCAAGGAAAGUCAUCUGGCGCCAUGACCAACCCUGCGGCCAGCCUUCAAGAAUAUGGAAUCUCCAACGGCUACCGAGUCCACGCCACCGAUCUUACGGGACAAAAUGCAACACUCGAGACGGGCGAUGCGAGUUAUACCCUGUCUGACGACGCCUACGCCCAACGGACCGAUAGUGUACGCGCUUUCAAGCAGCGGAUGCUAGCCGAGAAACUCGAAGGAAAUGCGAAAACACACGAAGAAACACCCGUCGACUUCAGCGUUGGAGACCGAUGUGAAGUCCGGCUGCCUGGCAAUAUGCCACGCCGGGGCAAUGUUGCAUUUAUUGGAGCGGUUGAAUUUGCCCCCGGGACCUGGGUGGGCAUCAAAUACGACGAUGCUGUGGGAAAGAACAACGGCUCGGUCCAAGGAGUCAAGUACUUCACAUGUGCGGAUAAUCACGGAGGAUUUGUUCGGCCGGAUGCGGUGAAGGUCGGCGUUUUCCCACAGCAGAGCGGCGAGAUCGAAGAAUUU